CUUUUCUUUUUUUUUUUCCUGUAAAUGUCACAAUUAUUCCGUAUUGCCAUUGAUGGACCAGCUGCUUCUGGGAAAAGUACGACGGCCAAACAACUCGCAAAGUUAUUCAAGUUUCGAUACAUUGAUUCAGGAGCCAUGUUUCGAGCAGUGACGGUACAUUGUAUGGAAGAACAAGUGGAUGUGCAAGAUCAGGCUAAAGUAGGGCAAUUAGCGCAAUCGUUAGCGAUCGAGUUUCCAUCGUUGGGACAAGUGAGUGUGAAUGGCAAGGAUGUGACAAGCCAAGUGCGACAAGCAUCGGUGACACGACUCAUUAGUCCAGUGGCGUCUAAUCCUUUGGUCCGUCAGGCAUUGAAACAACAACAACAACACAUGGCGUCGAGUGUGGAUGCAAGGUAUCCUGGGUUUCCAUUUGAAGGUCGUACGGUGCAAGGUGUGGUGAUGGAUGGUCGUGAUAUUGGUACCGUGGUCUUACCUCAAGCCGAACUCAAGGUCUUCUUGAUCGCUGAUCUUCAAGCCCGUGCCCAACGGCGGUAUCAAGAACAACAAAAAGAAAGUCUGGAUCAGAUCAUGCGUGACAUUGAAGCAAGAGAUCUAGCCGAUCGUACUCGUUCCAUCUCCCCUCUUAAAAAGGCAAUCGAUGCUGUCGAAUUGGAUACAAGUUUUCUUUCUAUUGAUCAACAAGUCGCUACCAUUCAACAAUGGGUAUAUCAGAAAUUACAACAACAGUAGUAUUUUUUUUUUAUUCUCCUUCUCUUUUUGGUCUUCCUCAUUUCUUUUUGUACAUCUUUGGAUCAUCCCUCUCUUCAUAUAUAUAUAUAUUUAUGUAUUUAUAGAUAUCAUCUUUUUGUCACUCUACUGUAGCUUCAUUCCUUCC